AUGGCUCCUAUUCCAUUAGAAGGCGUACAAAUGCCUGUUGGAAAUGGUGUUCCUCAGGAGGGAAAUCGUGGCGGUUCCAUAUCACUCGGAUUUCUUAUUGAUUUAAUCGUUCAGAGAACUUAUCACGAAUUAUCAGUACUCGCGGAGCUUUUACCUAGAAAAACCGAUAUGGAGAGAAAAAUUGAAAUAUAUAAUUAUUCAGCAAGAACUAGACAAUUGUUUGUUCGACUCUUAGCACUUGUUAAAUGGGCAAACAGUGCUUCUAAAGUGGAUAAAUCAGCUCAUAUAAUGGCUUUCUUAGAUAAACAGUCUCUUUUGUUUGUGGAUACUGCUGACAUACUGGCAAAAAUGGCUCGAGAAACAUUGGUUCAUGCCAGGCUUCCUAAUUUCCACAUACCUGCUGCAGUAGAAGUACUUACAACUGGAACUUACUCGAGAUUGCCUGCUUGCAUUAGAGAUAGAAUAGUUCCUCCUGAUCCUAUAACAAGCUCUGAAAGAAAAAAUACAUUAGAGAGGUUGAAUCAAGUUAUACAACAUAGACUAGUCACUGGAAACUUACUUCCACAAAUGAGAAAUCUUAAAAUUGAUUAUGGUAGAGUUACAUUUCAUGUUGAAAAUGAAUUUGAAGUCUCUUUAACUGUGAUGGGUGAUGGACCUAAUAUACCUUGGAGAUUAUUAGAUAUUGACAUUUUAGUAGAAGACAAAGAAACAGGAGAUGGGAAAGCACUUGUUCAUACUUUGCAAGUUAAUUACAUUCAUCAAGUUAUUCAGACCAGAUUAGUAGAUAAUCCAGAUCCAUUGAGGGAAGUCUAUAAUUGCCUUCAUUUUUUUUGUCAAAGUCUUCAAUUAGAAGUAUUAUAUUCUCAAACAUUGAGGUUAUGUCGUGACAGAUUAGAUGAUCAUAUUCAUGUUAACGAUUAUACUCCAGGAAAAUGUUUAUCUGUUUCUUAUUGGAAAGAAUUAUCAUCUAAAGAUCCAAAGUCAGAAUUAGGAUAUAAACUGACUGUUCAAGUGGAUAAUUAUGAUCCUGCUCGACCUUUAACAGUUGUUCAUGUUCCUUCUCUCGGUGGAAAAGAAAGUGAAAUAGCCGAUAAAGCUAUUAGGUCUGAUAUUUUAUCAAUGGAAAGGUUACUGGUUCAUACCAUAUAUGUGAGAACAAAAGCUCGAUUGUCAGAGCUUAAACAAGAAUUAGAAAGCGUUUUGAAAGACAUAGAAUGCCAACUUCAGGGUUCUCCUGCAAUUUUAUCCGUACCUGUUUUACAGCCGUGUUUGCGCGCAGAAAAUUUAUUAGUAACCGUUGAUACUCAUACAGGAAUGUUACAGUGUCAUAUACCCCAAUACGAAGCUCCUCUCAUACCUGAACUUCAAGCUGCUUUAAAUGGAGACAGAACUCGACUUCCGAACUUGAUAUCAGAAUUAAGGUAUUGGAUUACACAAAGGCGAUGCGAAAAAACUUUACAACAUCUUCCUGCGACUCCAUACGAACGACUUCCCCUCCUCCAUCAUCCGGAUCAUCCGAUGACCAAAAUCGGACGUCAUAGAAUGUACGUCAGACUCCACAGGCACCCGAAUGCAAUAUUGAUUGUUGAAUUUAAGGAAAAAGAAAAUGCACCCUACGAAAUCGAUUGUCAGUUUUACAUGGCAGUCGUUAAACAAUCUUCCAUUGAAGACAAUCCCGAAGAUGACACAAUCGAAACGGAAAUACCGAAAAUGUACUUGAAAGUAUUGAGUUUGAUAGAAUUCGAUUCGUUUGUAAUUUUACACGGACCCUACACGAGUAUUGAAGAUGAAAAAGUACCCGGUAAAAGAAAAGCAUCGGGAAAAUUUGAAUCUUCUCCGCGGAGGCUAAAACAGCCAGCAUAUUUUAUUCCAGAGUUAGCCCAUGUUGUUUCCCUCUGUGACGAAAGAAUACCAUUUGUGACUCUAGCUCAAGAACUAACCAAACAUGGUAUUCCUCAUCAGGGUCUGCAAGUCGAAGCCAACGCCACUGCCUUAGUUUUACGAAUAAUUCAAUUGCCUUUGCCAACUACCAAGGUUAAAAAGUCUUCGUGGCAAGCAUUGCUAAGACGUCUACUAUCGGUAUCUAUUAGAGUUCACGGAAAAGGCACUGGAAGAAGUUGGAUGGUUGAAUUUGUAUUUUAUGGAAGUCCUUUAAAUAGUUCACAACCUAAAGAGCAGGGUUUAAGGCGACCCGUGUAUUUUCAAUACGACAUGGGAUCUUCGGAUAUGCCAGUUAGAACGGUUGAAUCUCUUUUAAAUGACUGGGCGCAAAUCGUGAAUUUGUAUGAUUGCGUGGAAGAACUCACCGAAUACCUUAAAAUUAGUAAAUAUAAUUUGUCGCAAAUAAUGACGAUCAAAUCGUACAGCUACAGUAAAUUGGUCAUCGGAUACGGUCCGGAUAGGGGUGCUUUGGUAACGGUUCAAUGGAACGAACACAACAAAGCAUUUUAUCUCAUUUUCGGUGCCAAUAAUCAAACUCCGAACGCUCAUUCGUUGAUAAAAGAACAACUCGAAGCACAUUUGAAUCGGCACAGAAAUCUGGCACAAAUUAUACAUCUUUUGCACGAAACUUACCAACCAGUAUUGUCCAUCAGCAAACUUCCCACUUUACCGCAAUUGGGAGUUCAUAAUAACAGACCUCAGAUACCGGUACAAACGUUUACUAUACUCCCUCAAACGCCUACGUUUAUUAGGUUUGCUUAUCAGGGAACUUACUGUUUGGAAAUAAGAUUAAGAGGCGGAGGAAUGGUCAGUUUAAGAGACGGUGCUUAUAGUAGAUUUGAUAAAAGUAACGUCGUGGAAGAAUUUACUCCUACUCAAGGUUUGAAAACCUUUUUAUGUAAAUACGUUGACGAAACAGCAGCUUUGAGGAGGCGUUCGCAGUGUGAAGAUGACGAUCCGCCUUCUCCUAUAACCAUGGAUUCGGACGGAAGCGGUAUGACGUUUUUGGGUUCGCAUCACAGAAGUCCCCACUCUCCAGCUCAGGGAAGGGAAGGUUUGAAAUUUCAUCCUCCGGUGACGCCUCCGUCGGGCAGUAAUCCUCACACUCCGUCAAGUCCUCACACAUCAAGUAUGUCUCAAAGUCACAGUCAAACUUUUGGCUCGAGUCCGGCCACUUCUUUUAACCUCGCUUCACCCCCAUCCCUUCCCGCAACAAUUAAUCCUUCACCAUCCAUGUUACCUCAUCCUUCUCCAGGUGGACUCUUGGCGAAUUCUCCCUCUAAUCCUCUUCACGUUCCUAGUCCUGCGGGUUUGCUGCCUAUUUCUUCACCCGGACCGGUUCAAGUCGGACAUUCUCCUGCGGGUUCUUUCAUGGGUCAAACGAAUCACUUGGACGGAAGUCCGUUUCCUUCAUCUCAAGGCAUGGCAUCGCCGGCAGUAUCCAAUUGGCCAGGUUCUCCGAGUAUUCCUCGGCCAUCUCCUGCGAGACCCGGACAGAGUCCGAGUGCUUCCGGAUACGCAGCUUUGCAAAGUCCCGAUCACAAAAGCGGGCCUCACAUAUCGAGAGUGUUACCACAAAGAACGUGGGCCGGCGCCGUUCCAACUUUACUCACUCACCAGGCAUUCGAUUUACUCUGCACUCCUUCUCCGCACCCUCAAGGAUUACUCGGAAUCGAAUUGUCUCCUUUGGAAAGAUUUUUGGGAUGCGUGUACAUGAGAAGACAAUUGCAAAGAUUUAUACAAUCCGACGAUUGCUUAACAGCCAUUAACAGCACGGAACCGGGAGUGGUUUUGUUCAAAGUGGAAACUCUUCAGUGCAGAGUCGCACUAAAUCCUCAGCAUUUACAAUCUCUUCAUUUGAAAGUAACUCCUCUUCCGGAGCACAAAGAUCAAUGGUCGGUUGAAGACCUUCAAAUAAUAGAAAAAUUUUUCGAUAACAAAGCAGCCGCUCCUCCGUAUAAACCGAACGCAUUGUGCGGAUUCGGUCGAAUGCUCAACGUUCCCUUUAACGUCCUGAAGGAUUUCAUACAAAUAAUUAAAUUGGAAAUGAUGCCCAACCUCGUUCAACAGCAGCAGUUAAAAUGGUCCGUUCAAUGGUGUUUGAGAAUUCCUCCAUCGGCAACUCCAAUCGUACCAAUCGGUCAAGCUGCCAUUUUAGUCUGCAGAAAUAAAAUUUUAUUUUUCCUUCAAGUGACCAGAGUCGGAGUGCAAUACGUGAACGGUAUGGAACCUCCCUCGUUGGUUCUUCCUCUCGUCUACGACGUCAGCACGAAUUUGACGCAGCUCGCGGAGAAAAGAGAUCCUGGUCCUGCGACGGCCAUGACCGCCGCCAGCAUGCAGUUAAAACGAUUCGCAGAAUUCGGAUUGAAUCACAACGAGUGCUCACUGUUUCCGGCAGUUCGUGACCUUUUGGCUAACUUGAUACUUCCGUCCGAACCUCAGAUAAUUUCAUCUCCGGCUCACACGGGAUCCGUGACACCGACCAUGCAACCUUCUCCCGCCAUGGGCGGCGGUCCUCCCGUCGUCGGAUCACAAACGACGGGUACCUACACGGGUAUGGCUUUGGGUCAACACGGUAUGAUGGGUCCUAAUUAG